AUGCCAUCCCUCGUCUUUCGUAUUCCCGCCAUUGUGGCUUCCACCCUCACACUGUCCGAUGGCCAUCGUAUCGCCAAUCGUACGACCACCUCGACCGCGCCCGUGCGCGUCGACUACGUCGACUCGCGCGCACAAACAUCUCCAUCAUCGGACGCCUCAUCGCUGGUCACUCUGGACGACUCUUCCCAAUCCUCUCGCGAUGAAUUGCUCACGCAUCACGCUCGGCCGGUGUUGACGCUCAAAACGCGAUGCUCCUUCGACGACGUCUCGACUCGAUCGCGCGCCCGCUCGCUUACUCCGCGCCCACCGGAUAUGCCCGGACAUUACGUUCCUUCUCCCAUCGAUUCCAUUUCGGACGUCUGUGGUCGCGCUGCUGCCGUUCCCGCGGGCUCGCUUCAUCUGGAACACGUCACACGCGGCGCAGCCCAAGAGACUGGAGAAGUUGUGCGCGAUACCACGGAACGCACGCAGUACGCUCCUGCUCUUGUUUUGACACCGCCGGAUGAGUUGUCCCCGGUGCAGGAGAUGUCACCCAUUGCAGGGUGGGUCGAGGACGACAGAUUCGAGCCGACACCAGUCGCUGGAAGGCCACCCCGCUCGCCCAAUCAAGCCCAGGUCUUGUCGCCAUCGCUCGGCACAGCCAUGUCCGACCUGACUUCUGCAGGCGGAUCGAAAGGAGAUCUCGAGACGGACGGCGAUGGGGAUGGAGAAGCGCUGGAGGAUCCGCUCGGUCGGCCCAGAACUCCUGCGCAGAUGAUGGCAGAAAGGCAGAGCAGGGAAAAGGUGGUGCUGGGCACGCGAGGCGCUAGCAUCAGGGAGCUGAAUAGCGGGAGCAGACAGCAAAGGCGCGAACGUCAAGCUCGUCAGAAUGCUAGCACUCCCAGACCGCAUGCGGAGAAGGAAGCGGAGCUGGGUCAAGCCGACGUAGCGAGUGCCACAGAAUGGGACGAGAGCAGGAGCAAAACCCCCAAAGCAUUUGCUCUCGAUAACAAGAGGGGAGCUUCGACGCCCGAUUCGGCCCGACGAAUUGCGAGCGAAGUUGCGCCUAGCACGCCUUCGACUGCCAAUGCGGCCAGCUCCAAGGUAGGUCCUUCUGCCUCGCCCAUCACAACUCCUACGCCCCUCGAUGCACCUUCGCCGCGCAGAGCUACUAGAUUGAACUUCUUUGGCCGCAAGGGCCGGACGCAGGAAGGCAGUGCCGGAUCCUUGUUGGCCAGCGUUGCCGGAAGUUCGGGCACCAAUUCGGGCCACGGCAGCGCAGUGAACACGGACGACGAAGAGGUUAUGGCUUCCACGAGCGACGUUGGCAGUGUUGCAACCCCUCAAACGGCGCAGAUGCCACACAGCGCCGCCUCCGGCCUAUUCAGUCCACGGACGCCCGGCACUGCAAACUCGCUGAACCGAGCACCAAGCGGGUCGAGUAGUGCGGGAUUCUGGCGAAUCGGAAGAGGCAUGCGCAGGGACGACUCGGCUUCCAGUGCCGUUGUAGGCACAGGCAAAAAGUGGGGCGUUUCGACUCCGAACAGAGUCCCAGAAGCGUCCAGCAUUCCUGUGCCUGAAACUCCAAAGACGCCUUCUAUCAUCACUAGCGAUGUCAGCUUCGAUGAUGCGGCCAGCAUCGCCUCGAGAGCUUCCAGGCCUAGACCUUUGAGCGCGGCGGGAAGCUUUGAUGGGGCUGCUGCGCAGAGCAGCUGGGGUCGAAAGGGCAGAAAGGAGCGUGGAGCUGUUCCUGCCAUCGACGGGCCGAGAUUGCAAAAGGUACGAUCGCGCAACAAGCCUUCUAAACAACGCGAUUUCGGUCGAAUGAUGCUCGUACAGGAACUGAAUCUGGGAGCAAGCAGUAUCACCUCUCCUCCUGGCUCGCGUCGCAACUCGGAUGUCGGGGGUCGUCCGGAGCCAAGCAGACAGUCGACGGACAACAGUUCUCUGGGAAGACGAAGUUUGGGUCCCGUCGGCAAGCCGCCGAUGCAGCACAGCGACUCCAUGACGAGCAUGUCCAGCAUCGGCGCCUCGGUCCAGAGCCACGCGACCACGGCUUCCUCGACGGCGCAGAGCAACGCGGCUGCGACGUCGCGCAAGCGAGCUACGUGGGCCAUGAAGUUUAGCUUGGACGGCAAGUACUUGGCUAUUGCUGGGCAAGAUACCGUUGUGAGGGUGUAUGCAGUGCUGGACACCCCGGAGGCCCGGACAAAGGAGAUUGCGGAUGCGAGAGCGAGAGCUGCGGCUAUGUUGAAUGGUCAAGCGACAUCCACCAAUGCGGGACUUUGUCCUUUCGACGGCAAAUUGGGCGCAGCUAGCGCUUCGACUACGAGCUUGGGAACAGCAAAUGGAGGCGGUGCUUCGCGACCUGGUUCGCUUCGAACUCGUCCUAGCCUCAACUUCAACACGCCGGGGGGCAACAAUGGCGUGCCGGACCUGCCGGUCUUCUCUUCAGAGCCUGUCCGCGAGUUCCGAGGGCACACCAACGACGUGUUGGAUCUCUCGUGGUCCAAGGGCGGCUUCCUCUUGUCCGCGAGCAUGGAUAAGACUGCGCGCCUGUGGCACCUGUCCACGCCCAAUCCCCUCGUCAGCUUCGUCCACGGCGAUUUCGUCACUUCCGCCUGCUUUCACCCCAAAGACGAUCGAUUUUUCCUCAGCGGAUCUUUGGAUGGAAAGCUGAGGCUGUGGAACAUACCGCUGAAGAGGGUGCAGUGCUCUCAAGAAGUUCCAGGACUGAUCACUGCUUGCGCUUUUACCCACUCUGGCGCAACGGCUUGCGUCGGCACGUUUGCGGGCGCGGCUCUCUUCUACAAUACCGAUGGACUCACAUAUUCUAGCUCCAUUGCCGUUCGUUCGCCCUCUGGCAAGAACGCAAGAGGUGGACGGAAGAUCACGGGCAUCGAACCGAUUGCGAGCGACGGAGCCUCGGGAGAGAGGGUGCUCAUCACUUCCAACGACUCCAGAAUCCGCGCUUACAAUCUGCGCGAUAAGUCCAUGUCGGCCAGGUGGAAGGCCAACAAGACGUAUAGUAACAGGACCAGCCAGAUCCGUGCUAGCGUAGCGGAUGAUGGCACGUUCGUCGUAGCUGGUUCCGAAGCUGGUGCUGAAGGCGGCCUGGUGCAUGUUUGGGAUGUGGGCGCUCAGGCGGGCGACUCGAGAUCCCCAGUGCCCGGCACUCCGCUCAGCAUCAAGUCUCCAAAGAGCGCCACCACAUCUCUAGCACCUUCUGCCGACUCUGUGUGCGAGUACUGGACAGCGGGCGCAGGCACAGUGACUUGCGCUCUGAUGGCUCCGCUCAAGACCAACGCGCUGCUGGUGUGCGCCGAAGAUCCGAUCGCUUCGGAUGCGGCGCGCAGGAAAGCCGAUCCCACCUCUUUUGCAGCUGCGCCCUUCUCCGCUGGACUGUUUGGUCUCACCAGCCCAAACACGGUCAGCAGCGUCGUUGGACAGAGCCAUGUCAGUCCCAAUCACGAUAGACACUGCCGCAUCAUUGCCAGUGUGGACGAGAGCGCAGUGGUGAGGAUUUGGAGGAGCGACACGCACAAUGUGAUCAGGUGCUGA